UUCCCCCAGGAAUAGCCCCGUGGCCAGCUCCUUCCUGUCCCCCUGGUGGCCCCUCGCUCCUUCCUUCUGGAUGGGGGCCCAGAGGGCCCAGGAGAGAAUAAAGGCGAUGUGGAGGGUGCCCGGCACAACCAGACGCCCAGUCACAGGCGAGAGCCCUGGGAUGCGCCGGCCAGAGGCCAUGCUGCUGCUGCUCACGCUUGCCCUCCUGGGGGGCCCCACCUGGGCAGGGAAGAUGUACGGCCCUGGAGGGGGCAAGUAUUUCACCACCACGGAAGACUAUGACCACGACCUCACAGGGCUGCGGGUGUCUGUGGGUCUUCUCCUGGUGAAAAGUGUCCAGGUGAAACUUGGAGACUCCUGGGACGUGAAACUGGGCGCCUUAGGUGGGAAUACCCAGGAAGUCACCCUGGAGCCAGGCGAAUACAUCACAAAAGUCUUUGUUGCCUUCCAAGCUUUCCUCCGGGGUAUGGUCAUGUACACCAGCAGGGACCGCUAUUUCUAUUUUGGGAACCUUGAUGGCCAGAUCUUCUCUGCCUACCCCAGCCAAGAGGGGCAGGUGCUGGUGGGCAUCUAUGGCCAGUAUGGACUCCUUGGCAUCAAGAGCAUUGGCUUUGAAUGGAAUUAUCCAGUAGAGGAGCCGACCACUGAGCCACCAGUUGCUCUCGAACACACAUCAAAUUCAACCACGGGUGGGGUACGGGGCUAGGGUGGGGUACGGGGCCAUCUGAGCUGAGGCCAUCUGGGUGGUGGUGGCUGAUGGUACUGGAGUAACUGAGUCGGGAUGCUGAAUCUGAAUCCACCAAUAAAUAAAGCUUCUGCAGAAUCAGUGCA